CGAGCCGCCCAGAUCGGCAGUCCGUGCCCACGACGGCGCUCUAGCUCAUAUCGGCGUCCUCAAGCUGGCGCCGCGAUUCCGAGGCAUGAGCCCCGUCCAAUGACCACAGCGUCAUGGCACCUCGCGUCGAGUCGACUUCGGCAGACGGGACCCUUCUUUGACGAUGACGGCGGGCUAGUGCCCCCCCGUAUGGCGGGACUUGCAGGGGCAGUAUGCUUAGUCGCUCUCCUUCUUUACUCUCGGGCUGAGAAUUUUGCCAGAGGUGAAGUCGAGCUGGAGUUGGAAACGUCUGCUGUGACGACCGAUCGCGGCGUCCUUCCCUAUAUGUUGCAUAUGCCCCGAUUGACGCGACGAAUGAGUGCUCUUAUGCAUGCCUAA